AAUCCGCCGAAUCUGUUAUCAAUUUCUCCACCACCCGCGCCCCGCCCCGCGUGCCCCGCGCGCCCCGCCCGCCGUGGAGCUCCCAAAGUGAGGGAGGCCCGCCGCGACCCGGGAACCGGAGCCCCUCGGAACGUGGGUGUCUGUGCACACGUGUGUAAGCCCACUGGAAUAUUAACCCCGGGAGUGGCUUUGGGGACGGCUGGAGGUGCCAUGUCUUCCAAGUUCUUCCUAAUGGCUUUGGCCACGUUUUUCUCCUUCGCCCAGGUUGUAAUAGAAGCUAACUCUUGGUGGUCGCUAGGUAUGAAUAACCCUGUUCAGAUGUCAGAAGUAUAUAUCAUAGGCGCACAGCCUCUCUGCAGCCAACUGGCAGGGCUUUCUCAAGGACAGAAGAAACUCUGCCACUUGUAUCAGGACCAUAUGCAGUACAUCGGAGAAGGUGCGAAGACAGGCAUCAAGGAAUGCCAGUACCAGUUUCGGCAUCGGAGAUGGAACUGCAGCACGGUGGACAACACCUCUGUCUUUGGCAGGGUGAUGCAAAUAGGCAGCCGAGAGACGGCCUUCACGUACGCGGUGAGCGCGGCCGGUGUGGUGAACGCCAUGAGCCGAGCGUGCCGCGAGGGCGAGCUAUCCACCUGUGGCUGCAGCAGAGCUGCGCGCCCCAAGGACCUGCCUCGGGACUGGCUGUGGGGCGGCUGCGGGGACAACAUCGACUACGGCUAUCGUUUCGCCAAGGAAUUUGUGGACGCGCGAGAACGAGAACGAAUCCACGCCAAGGGCUCCUAUGAGAGCGCUCGCAUCCUCAUGAACCUGCACAACAAUGAAGCAGGCCGCAGGACAGUAUACAACCUGGCAGAUGUAGCCUGUAAGUGCCAUGGAGUGUCUGGCUCGUGUAGCCUCAAGACAUGCUGGCUGCAGCUGGCGGACUUCCGGAAGGUGGGCGAUGCCCUCAAGGAGAAGUACGACAGUGCGGCAGCCAUGCGGCUGAACAGCCGAGGCAAGCUGGUCCAGGUCAACAGCCGCUUCAACUCCCCGACCACGCAGGACCUGGUCUAUAUUGACCCCAGCCCGGACUACUGCGUACGCAAUGAGAGCACGGGCUCGCUGGGCACACAGGGACGUCUGUGCAACAAGACCUCAGAAGGCAUGGACGGCUGCGAGCUCAUGUGCUGUGGUCGUGGCUAUGACCAGUUUAAGACGGUGCAGACCGAACGCUGUCAUUGCAAGUUUCACUGGUGCUGCUAUGUCAAGUGCAAGAAGUGCACAGAGAUCGUGGAUCAGUUCGUCUGCAAAUAGUGGUGUGCCUGCUCGCCCGUCACCCAGUCCCACUCCCAGGACCCACUUAUUUAUAGAAAGUACAGUGCUUCUGGUUCUUUUUAUCCCCCCCCCCCCCAGGAAUUGCAGCUGGAACCAUAUAUUUUUUCUGUUACCAUCUAGGAACUCUGUGGGUUUUUAUUAAUAUUAUAAUUAAUGUUUGGCAAUAGUGGGGGAAACUAAGAAAAAUAUUUAUUUUGCGGAUCUUUGCAAAGUUAGUAUAAAACUUCUUUCUUCUGAUGCUACAGGAUAAAGGGGAAAUAACACAUGUUCGAACUUAGCUGUGCGGUUUGGGUUCACGUUUAGAAGGCAUAGAAACGGUUUCCUUCUCAAACAUGGAGUCCUGUGGGAUGGGUGGUAUCCAGGUGAAAGAGGUGGUGCAGACCCAUGAAUGACUCAGCUCCUGUGACCAAAAUGGAUGGCAGAUGCUCCGGCCCAAGACAAAAGGUCUUAAACAUAGGUGUGUUAAAUAUACAUAUAUGCCAGAAAUAUAGACUAUGAGACACUCCCCAUUCCAGAGGUUAUGUGCCUGCUUUCUGUAUUUUUGGAGGACUUGAAAAUCUCAUAUCUUCAUAGGCAGGCAUAUCAUGUGUCACUACAGCCCAUCUACGGAUAUUCCAUUUAUGGACAUGUCAUUUGCUAACAGUUCAGGAAACUCGGGGAGCUGGUGGGCUGGGGGAGGAAAGCGCCCAGAAAUUAGAAAACUUGAAAUUCCCUACAUCGAGGACAUGACCUUAUGGUGUUAGCCCAGCUUGUUCUGAAUAUCAGACUUUAUUCUGACUCAAAAGAACAUUGUUUUGAAAGCCAUCUUAUUUUCUUAAAAUUGAAAAAUUACCAUGAAUCCCAUUUGCCAGACCCCCUACCCGGGAAACAAGGAACUGCCAUGUAGCUGAGCACUGCAGAAAGGCAGACUGCCUCAUUGAGGAGACCUUGGCAGCCACCUUCCUACUUGACCCUAAGCCCCGCCUCUGGACUCUGCUGGCUGUGCUUCCAAAUGGCAGCUCCAGUGGGUGCUCAUUGCUUGUAGGGCAGGAAGUGUCCCCAGGAGUACAAAACCAGCUACCUGAGGUUGUUUAUCCCCCAAGGCUUUGCUUUGGAGGUACAGUAACUUCAUGGGUUUGGCUGAUGUGACUUGGCCAGAGGAGUCCACAGAGGUGUUACAGCUGGCUGUUGGGUUGUUCUAUUCCUGUGUUGAGACUAUCCAUUUGUGCUUUUCCUAUUAUUCUGCAGGUGUACGCUAAAACUGUUCCUAGUGUACUUGAACAGUGGCGUUUAUAAAAGAGGGGAUGUGGUUUAAUGGUGCCUGAUAGCUCAGUCCUUUGUACAUAACAUAUAUAUAAAUAUACAUAUAUAAAUAUAGAUAUAAUUACGUCUCAGUGCAGCCCAUGACUUAGAUUUACAGUUUGCUCUGGGAUCACUCUGCCUGGAGUAUUGUUGUCCUUCAUUGCAGGCCAAUUGAGAUUUCUUUUUUUCCCAAAAUGUUUUGAGUCUUGACAUUGGCCUGCGACUUCACAGGAUCCUACCACCAACACCAGGAAGCAAGCUAGACUUUGAAGAAGCAUUCAGGGCUGGUGUCCUGAAAUGUAUGUUGGUCAGAAAGUGGCCUUUCUGCUUCCUGCCCACCCCCAGUUCUCCACCCUCUUUGGUGUUCUUCGUGGGGAGGGCACUGUGGUUUGUCGCAGCCCUGGACCUUUAGAAGCUCCCAGAACCCAGGAGCACCAGCCUCACCUCCAUUUGCUUACCUCAUUUCUCAGUGAGGACUUGUGCCUGUCUUUCUGACAGGACUGAUCCUGAAGCAAACCAGCUCAUCACAGAGAUAGCUAGUUUAAAAUAAGGGCACCUCUAUUUCAAAAGUGACAUCUGCUGUGUUGUUUUCACGGCCUGAUACCGUUUUUCUAAGGUUUGAAAAGAUGUAUGUCUCCCUUCAUGGGCUUGGUAGCCUUCUGGUCACCUCAGUCCUGUGGCUCUUAACUUAUUGCCCAAAAAUAUAUUCAUUUCCCCACAGCUACAGUGAAUCACAAGCAAAAGAUCUUGAAAUGGAAAAAAAAGCACUAAUCUAGUUUAAAAUGUCACUUUUUUGGUUUUUAUUCUACAAAAACCAUGAAGUACUCUUUUUUUUUUUAUUUGCUAAAUCAGAUUAUGUUCUUUUUAAAUGAUUCAUGUUUAUGAGCAGAGUGGAGUUUAACAAUCCUAGCUUUAAAAAACUAUUUAAUGUAAGAUAUUCUACACAUCAUUCAGAUAUUUUGUAUAUCCUUUAUGGCUUUUAUUCUGUACUUUUAAUGUACAUAUUUCUGUCUUGUGUGAUUUGUAUAUUUCACUGGUUUAAAAAAACAUCGAAAGGCUUAUGCCAAUGGAAGAUAGAAUAUAAAAUAAAAUGUUACUUGUAUAUUGGUAAGAGGUUUCAGUUGUCCUUCAGCUAAUUCAUGUGGAGAAAUAUUUUUAGGAGAAGCCACAAGAGACAGCUUAGGGCAGCAGCUACGUGUUCAAAUAAUAAAAGAGCAGACAAUUUUUACCAAAACUGCACAAUUUGGAAGCCUCAAAAGAGCUCUAUAUGUAACAGAAAAAAAAGUGGAAUUCUCUUUUCCUAUAUGUUCCUUCAAAUAGAGAAAGAAAUCACGCAGAUGGCUUAAAGCUGGUCACAGGAUUGCUCACAUUCUUUUAGCAUUAUGCACGCGACUUAAUUGUUUUAGAGUGUGUUGCUAUUGUAAUAUCCCAGAGAUGAACCAAAAAGGCUCAUGCUUUCAUCCAUGACCAGACUUUCAGCUUAUACAGACACGUAUGCAUGUGUAUGUGCAUGUCUGCACGUGUCAUUGUGUUUACCGCUGCUGUUGUGUCUCUCUGUGAGCUCGCCAUCGGUCUUUUGGCCUUCUCUGUCCCAGUUGAAGGCAGUCUUUGUGGCAAGAAAGCAAGGGUCUGUAGAGAACAGGAACUAAAGGCUCCUGUGUGAUGUGCGGUACUAGAAGGCCUUCUGCUUUCUGGAAAUGUAGACAAGAAUCUGGCCAGGGCUGUGCAGACUGGUACAUUAACUAGCCUUUUCCUUUUCUUUCUUUCUUUUUCUUUUUUUCUUCUUCUCUUUCUGGAUAACCUUGUAACAUAUUGAAACCUUUAAAGGAAACCAAGAAUGCAUUAUUCCACAAAGAAAAAAAAAACAGUAGACCAACAUAUAGAGUGUUUAAAAUAGCAUUUCUGGCCAAAUUCAAACGCUUGUGGUUCUAGGAGUCACAUCUGUUUCAGUUUUUCUUCAGUUGUAUAUUGACCAGUGUUCUUUAUUGCUAAAACAUAUACUCGAUGUAGCAAUGUCAGCAUCUUUUUUCUUCCCAUCCUGGAGCGUAUUCAAGACCUUCCCAGUACAGGAACAUCAAUGAAACAUUUAUAUUCAGACAGUGGCAAACAAAACCAUGUCCAAAAUGGUCAGUAUUGGGCUCCUGGGUCAAGGCUGUGUUGUUCCAGUCCUGUUUCUUUGUGCUCUUGACCUUCGGGGACUGCCACUUCCUAUGACAGCAGCUGCCUGCCCACACUCUUUCUCUGAGGAUUUUUCCAAUAGCAGUUUCCAAUGUGUUUUUCUGAAAUGUUAUUCAAGCCCCUGGAACCUUCAGCUAGGGCCUGAGAGCAGGAUGACAGAACCGUGGACAAGAGCUGUAUUAACUGAUGAAAGUGAUCAGUAGUGGACACCACCUGUAAAAACUGUUGGGUCUGGAAAUACAAGCAGAGAAAGUUGCUUGCAAAGUUGCUUGCAACUUCAAGUACAUAUUUAAUGCAAACAAGCACGGAGGCACAGCUCUAAGGCACUGUUACUGUAAAGCAUACUUUAAAUAUUUAUUUUCUUAAAGCAUUUUGUCCUCAUCCCUCUCUUUGUGGAGUGGUAAACAAGAUACAAUGUUGUGAAGGUUGAGAUGAUUUUUUUUUUAAUUGCAGAGACAUUUAGAGACAUAAGAAUUAAACCUUAUAAAAGGGAUCUUCUAAUUUGCCUGUUAUGGAGUUUACAACUUAAAUAUGAUGAUUUGAUGAUGUUUUAUGUUAGGGAAACGGUUUGUUAGCCAACUUUAUAAAGCAGAUGUCAUUAAAGGUUGGUGAGAGUCAAUCUAGAAGGUUGAAUAAAAGCUCUCACAGUGUUUUUAAAGAAAGGAGGAACUUACAUCUUAGGCCAAUUUUUAUACAGUUUUCAACUUGCUGAGCUAGAAAAGAGAUAAAGAUUAUUUAUUUUUGUUCAUAUCUUGUACUUUUCUAUUAAAAUCAUUUUAUGAAACCCA